AUUGCAUACUUCUGAUCUGGCAAAUACAACCGUCACAUCGCGAUCCUUCGCGCUCCAUACGCUCCACCAACGCCUCACAGACCACAGACCAACGCGGAACAGCCGGUGGAUGGGUCCAUUCGGAUCCUUGCGUUCGAGGCCGCGGCAACGGCCGCCCAGCCCAGCAGGGGCUCAGGUGGUAAUACAAGUCUGCACGGCAAUGCGGAGUCAGGAGCAUUUAAAUUGAAUGGCCAUCUUCCCUGCUGUUGUUCCUGCAGCCAUUGUUCGAGUCAGUCGUCUCUCACAAUGACCAUCACCUUCCCCGUUCAAACGCACGACCAGCGGGCUGUGCUCGGCGUUGCUAUUGCUUUUUCUGUUCUCUCUGUCACGGCUGUCUGUCUGCGGCUCCUGGCUCACAAGCUGGCCCAUAAGAAAUGGACUAUCAGUGACUGGUUCCUCAUUGCAGCAUGCAUCUUCGGCGUCGGCCUGCAAUCCAUCAGUAUAAACGGCGUCAUCCAAGCCGGAAUCGGCUACGGGCACGUCCAGGACAUCGCCAUAGACCCCAACUACGGCCUGGAGCCGAUCACCAAGCUCUCCAAACUAAUCAUCCCGCUGCAAUUCCUCUGGGUGCUCAGUCUUAGCUGCACCAAGAUCUCCAUUCUCUUCUUAUACCUGCGCAUCUUCCCCGUGCGCUGGCUCGUCAUCUCCUCCUACACCACCAUGUCCAUCAUCGUCGCCUGGGCCAUCGCCACCAUCCUCGCCGGCUGUCUAAUCUGUCGCCCGUUCGCGUUCAACUGGGAUAAAACCAUCCCCGGCGGAUACUGCGGGAACCAGGUCUCCUCUUUCACCGCAACAGGCGUCAUCAACCUCGUCACCGACGUCGCCGUGCUCGUCCUCCCAAUGAGCAGUCUGUAUAAACUCCAGAUGGCGCUGUAUAAAAAGAUCACCCUGAUUACAGUCUUUGGGCUGGGUAUUGUAACAUGCAUAAUCUCCGCCCUCCGCAUCGCCGUCCUCUCCUCAAUGGACUUCAACGACAUCACAUACACAAUCCCGCGCGCCAACAUCUUCAGCGGCGUCGAGCCCUGUCUCGCCGUGAUCCUAGCCUCGGUGCCUAUGAUGCGUCCGCUGCUGGGGCGCACAAAUACCACGCCCAUCGGAACAGGCGCUACACCGGUUAAGUCCCACUCGAAGGGUAGUGGCGGGGGGCAUUUGGGGAAGGGGUCGAGAGAGACGAAUGGGGAUGGGUUCCAGGUGCUGGAUGAUGAUACGAGGCAGUUGUGGUUGAGGCCGUUGGGGCCGAAGCAUUAUGCGGGGAUUUCGGUGCAGGAUCGGGAGGAUGGGGAUGGUGUGGAAGAAGAUGAGAGGGGGCUUGUUGGGAGGGGGGGGAGGGGGAAGGGGAUUCGGGUUAAGCAGGAGUGGGCGGUUGAUGAGAGCCGGUGACUUGAUUGUUUUGUAGUAUAUGGAGUGGUUGGGUAGGUUUAAAAGGGGUUAUUGUUUAAAAGCGAAGUAAAAGUUAUAGGAACGAAUAUAUUCUCAGUUCGACGAUAAAAAUCACUAGCAGUAGUAGGCC